AUGGCCAAGAUCAGUCAAGACGUUUCUUCAUCUCGUUCUAAAGCUAGAAAAGCUUAUUUCACUGCUUCAUCAGUUGAAAGAAGAGUUCUUUUAUCUGCUCCAUUAUCCAAAGAAUUAAGACAACAAUAUAAUGUCAAAUCUUUACCAAUUAGACAAAAUGAUGAAGUUUUAAUUGUUAGAGGAUCUAAAAAAGGUUCUGAAGGUAAAGUUAAUUCAGUUUAUAGAUUAAAAUUUGCUAUUCAAGUUGAUAAAUUACAAAAAGAAAAAUCUAAUGGAGCUUCUGUUCCAAUUAAUAUUCAUCCAUCUAAAGUUGUCAUUACUAAAUUACAUUUGGAUAAAGAUAGAAAAGCUUUAAUUCAAAGAAAAGGUGGUAAAGCUGAAUAA